AUGUAUCAAGCUGCUGUAACUGAAACUACUGCUGAAUUAUGCGUAGCUGGAACUCGAAAAACUCCUGCUUGCUCUCCUACGUCAACACAGCAUUUAACAGCAUCAUCAACUACUCGUCGAUCGAAUGCAUUUAAUACAAACCGUAUUCAACCAUCUUCAAAUCAUUUUUAUGAUACACAUUUACCAUCUAUACGAGAUUCGAAUGAUAAUUUUGAACGACAAAAUCAAAUUCAUGAUGAACUUCAUGAUCGUCCUCGUUCAAAAAAACCAUCAAUGAAUACUAGUCCAAAAAGUAUGGGUCGUCCUCCAUCGACUUCGAUUUCAUCGAUUUUUAAUGCGCUUACAAAGCGAUCAACAGAAAAUUUAAUGAGUACAUAUGGUGAUUUUGAAGAAGCAAUCAAUCCAAAUACAGUAUCAGCUAGUCGUCGAUCACAUCAACUAAAUAAAGGAACUGAAAUGAAUCAAAAUUCAAUGAAACAAAUCAUCGUACCUCAAAAGCAAAUAGGUGAUAAUGGAGGUGAUAUUCGUUUUUCAAAUAGUUUAGGUGAAAUAAAUCAACAACGAACAUUAGGAACAUCAGCUCGACAUCGAACAAAUGCACCAAAAAUACAUGUUGAGUCGUCUCUUACACAAGACACAGUAACUAAAGAACGAACUACUACUGGUAAAUAUAUUAGUAUUAAUUCAUUGAUUCAAAAAGAUUUUCAUGUUUAUAAAAUUGAAAUUUUCUUUGUUUUUUUUUUUUCUAUUGCAGGUCAACAUUAUCAACGUCGUACAAAUCAUACUAUCAAAACUCCAAUCAAACAAAAGAUUGAUAAAUAUCGUCGUCGUUCUGAAGAAGUUACACAAGCAAUGAAUGGAAACACAUUAAUAAAUACAAAUAAUAAUGGUUUAUCUUCUACUGUUCCUUCUUUAGCUGCUUCACAAGUAGCUCGCUCAAAACAACCACCACCAUCUCCAACAACUGUUCGUCGUGUAUCAUCAGAUGCUGAAUUCGAAGCUCGUCUCGAAGUACUUCGUUUAUCAAUGGAUACAAAUUUUAUUCAUACAGAUCAACAACUACAAAGUCAAUCACAACAAUAUUCUUAUAAUCGUACUAAAUCUCCAUAUUUAUCUAAUAAUAAUCAACAAAUAACUCCAAAAGCAUCAACAUCAAAUCCUCCAACACCACCUGUACGACUUCGUCGAAGUCAUCUACCAACACAACCAACAUCGUCAGCUAAUUCUUCUCGAAAUCAAAAUGUCAAUAAUAUUAAUAAUCGACAUCCACAACAAAAGCAAAAUUCAGUUAAACAAUCAACAAAAUCUAGUUCAGGAAAUCUUUAUUUAGCAUUUAUAGCAUCACGUCAUUUUUCAACAAUAGAUGAUACUUUAUUUGAAUGUAAUAUUGAUCAUCAAAAAUUACUACAGAUAUUUACUUGGCUUAAAGGUGUUGAAGAUCAUCGUCAUGAACAAUUAGAUCAUGAACAAUUAUUAAAUGAACAAAAUCAAUUUAUGCUUAAUCAAGAAGAAAAUUUAUCAUUAUAUUCAGAAAUACAGUUUGCUGUUGAUGAUGUACCAGCAAACACGACUGGUAAACCAUGUGAAAAAAUUGAAACAAUGCAAUUUGAAGACUAA